GGGUAACAUAUAUUGAAGAUGCCUAACACGGUAACUGAUGGAAAUAUCCAUAACAAGUUUAAUUUGCCCCCUAAAUAACCUAAUGGGGAGAGCAAUUUAAGGUGAUCUUUAUAUGGGAGGGAGCUUUUUUUCACAGGCCAACAAAAAAUUGAAAUAUCUUAAGCACGAGGUGGAAACUGAAAAAGGAAACAAGAAAGCAAACGGAUGGAAGGUGAGCAAAGGAAAGAAGCUGUUAGUGGGCUCUCUUGUUCUUCCCUCUUCCUUUCCUUUCCCCUCCAUCCAGUGCUAACUGUAGUUUCUCUCUCUAGUUCGUUGGUUUAGAACAAGAUUAGGCAGGCUUUUAGCAUCAGGUUGGUAGAAAUUCAAAAUUCCUCUUUGUGGCAUAUAUUGUGGGGAGAGGAGGAAGAAAAAAAAUCCAAUCUUUUGAUGACUGCAGCCAUCGUCGCAGAUGGACACCAAGCGCGCGUACAAGCUCCAGGAGUUUGUCGCGCAUGCUUCCGAUGUCAACUGUGUCAAGUUUGGGAGGAGGACAUCAAGAAUCCUCAUCACUGGUGGGGAGGAUCAGAAGGUCAAUCUUUGGGCCAUAGGCAAACCCAGUGCCAUCUUGAGCCUGUCAGGCCUUACAAGUCCAGUUGAAUCAGUGAGCUUUGACUCAUCUGAAGUUAUGAUAGGCGCUGGAUCAUCAAGUGGGACCAUAAAAGUAUGGGAUGUGGAGGAAGCAAAAGUUGUUCGUACUUUCACUGGACAUAGAUCAAGUUGUGCAUCCCUUGAUUUCCAUCCCUUUGGAGAAUUCUUCGCUUCUGGGUCUUCAGACACAAACAUGAAAAUAUGGGAUAUGCGGAAAAAGGGAUGCAUUCACACAUACAAGGGUCACACACGGCAGAUUGAUGUGCUUAAAUUCACUCCUGAUGGCCGGUGGAUUGUCUCUGGUGGAUCUGAUAACUCUGUAAAGAUCUGGGAUUUGACAGCUGGAAAGCUCUUGCAUGACUUUAGGAUUCAUGAAGGCCCAAUUAACUGCAUAGAUUUUCACCCCCACGAGUUCUUACUGGCUACAGGUUCAGCUGAUAAGACGGUUAAGUUUUGGGACCUUGAAACUUUUGAGUUGAUUGGUUCUUCUGGACCUGAGAAUAGCCGGGAAUACUUUGAGCCAGCUAGUGUAGUUCGGUCUAUGACAUUCAACAAAGAUGGUAAAUCACUUUUUUGUGGACUACAUGAAAGCUUAAAGGUUCUUUCAUGGGAACCUAUUAUAUGCCAUGAUGUAGUUGAUGUUGGCUGGUCCACAUUAGGGGAUCUAAUUGUUCAUGAGGGAAAACUUCUUGGUUGCUCAUAUAACCAAAGUUGUGUUGGAAUAUGGGUCGUGGACUUGACGAAAAUCGAUCCAUAUGCUGUUAAUAAUGCUGAAGCACAUUUGAAUGGAAGCAUAAAUAGGUCAAUGCAAGCUGAUAAUAGCAUGUCAUCAAUGUUGGGGAAGUUAUCAGUUUCCAGAAGCCCAGCCAAGGAAACAUCUUCCAAUACUUUGCUUAAACCCUCAAUCUCAAUGUCUGCUUCAAAAGAAGUUCCAGCUCCAGCUACUUCUGCAGUGGCAAAGAAAUUACCAAAAGUGCCUAUGACAAGCAAUCUUCGGCUCACCAGAUCUGAUUCUCUGCCAGUUGUUUCUCCCAGGGUUAGAUUAAACCCGAAGUUCUCUGAUGACCAGAAGAGGAAGACUGAUUAUGUUGUGCCUGUAACAGCUCCAAGAAUUCACUCUAAAUUGGAUCUUUCUACAGGUGCUGGAGUGUACCGUCGUAACUCACUACCAUCGUUUGCUCCCACAAAUAGACCAAGGUCCAAAAUAUCUGCAUAUAGUAGUGAAGGAUCGUCGCUCAUACCCAUUGUUGUCCCUAGGCAUAGCCCUAAAGUGGAUGCUUGUCCCAGUCUCAGUAAAGUUCUCACUACUGACUUAACAAUUGUUGAGCCUCAAAGUAUAAAACGAGGUGGUCUGGCCGUGGAUUGUGGACAAGAAGAUGGUAAGUUGUUGCGUGUGACUGAUUCAAGGAGCUCGAGUAUGGUUGUACAAUCAGGCUGUAGAAGAGUAGCUAGUGAUGUUACGCGUAAAGAAAAUCCAGAGACUGCUUUGACAGCUAAUAUGGAUCAUGACUUCAGGCAGAAGGCCCCUGAAACUGAAAAUAUGCAACAGUAUACAUUUCAGUCAGAGCCCAUUAGUUCAAAAUGUAAAUAUAUUUCAGGUGGUGGAGACAUUAACCUAUCUGGGCCAGCCUUUACUGAGAGUGUUCAGUCUAAUGAAGUUGGUGACUGGUAUAAUGCAUCUUCUUUUGUAAAACCAAAUUUGACUAUUGGUAGGAAUCCAGAGACUUCAUAUAUCAACAAAAGAGCAGUGUUUCCAUUGAGACAGUCGGCAGAUUCAAGUGAAAGGCACUCUGUGGAGCAUCUACCUUCCAAUUUGUCUGCAAGUUAUGAGAGAAGUCAGUAUGUAUCAACAUUAAAUAACUUGAGGUGGCGCUCUUCAAUUGCUGGACAACAAAGCGUGUCAGCUGGUGAUGAAGAUGGUAUUGUUGACCUGAUGGAAAAUCAUCAAGAAUUCAUUCAUGCAGUGAAGUCUCGGUUAACAAAACUAGAGGUGGUUUACAGGUGUUGGAAAAAUAACGACAUAAAGGGAUCUCUUGAUGCUACACAGAGGAUGCAGGAUCUUGCUGUUAGUGCUGAUAUAAUUAGUGUUCUGAUGGAGAAUACUAACUGUAUCACCCUAGAUGUGUGUACUUGUGUCCUACCUCUUGCCUCCAGUGUUCUUGAAAGCAGUUGUGACAGGCACCUGAAGGUUGCCUUGGAGAUGAUCCAUAAGCUUGUUAAAAGCUUUGGUACUACCAUAUCUUCAACUCUGUCAUAUACUGCAGCAGUUGGUGUGGACAUAGAGGCAGAGCAGAGGUUCCUGCGGUGCAAUUUGUGCUUCCAAGAGCUGAUAAAAGUGCACAGCAUUCUCAUCACCAUGGCACGGCGGCAAGGCGAGGUUGGAAGAUCAGCACAGGAGCUAAGCCUCUUUCUUCAGGAUAUGUUUCAGCUGGAUAGAUGAUAGCCAUACGGCGAUAUUUCGCCCAAUACUCCUUUCUCCUUGGGACAGAUAGAAAAAUAUAGGACAUAGGCAAAUAUAGAGAAAAAGAUAGGCAGGAAAGAUACAGGUCAUCCUAUUCCUGGGCAAAUGUACAGCAAUUUCUGUUAUCAUCCGGUGUGCAAAUGUGCAAUCAAUUAGUCAACAAAAUUUCAAAUAUAUCCUUUAAGUUCAAAGAUAUAUGUAAUUACAGAGCUACAGCUACUGCAACAAAGCAGGUAUCAAAUAGUUGAUUGCAAGUUGUAAUGGGUAUUAUUAGACCGGCAUGAAGAAAUUAGCAGUUUAGCA